GGAAUGUAAGAACAAAUUGUCCAUUUGGGAUUGGGGGGAAUAUAAAUACCAAGCCCGCGAACCUCAUUUCAGAUUUCUCACUUUCUCUUUUUCAUUUCGCGGUUCUCUCACUAUCACUGCCUCUCGCCGCCGUCUCCUUACGGCGACUCUCCGUCUCCGAUGUCUGGCGAACAGGUCACGGAAGUAACUUCACAAGAAAAUAUGGAAUUUGAUAACGAGGUUGAUCAAAGGGAAUCACAAUCUGUGGAUAUAUGUGCUUCUAUGAUCCUUGCACAUGAUUUGCCCUUUCAUUUUUUUGAGCAAGAGGUAAUCAGGAAGUACUCUGAGUUCUUAAAUCCAAAUACUGUUACACCUACUAAAAAUGUUAUCGAGGCUUAUGUUUCGCAUUUGUACUCGAAAGAGAAACUUAAGCUUAAACAGGAACUGGCUACAAUUCCUAAUAGGAUAUCUUUAACUUUUGAUUUGUGGGAAUCUUGUACUACUGAGACUUAUAUUUGUUUGACUGCUCAUUUUGUUAACGCGAAUUGGAAGUUAAAUAGUAAGCUUCUCAACUUCCGUCUUGUUUACCCUCCCACUGGAGGUGAGAUGUGUGAGAGAAUCAUUGAGUUGUUGAAUGAUUGGGGGAUAGAGAAAAAGAUUUUUUCUCUCACUUUGGGUGAUUCGGUUGAGAAUGAUAUUUUGCAGGAACAAUUGAAAACUCAACUUGGUUUGCAAAAUGGGUUGUUAUGUGAUGGGGAGUUCUUUCACGUGCAUUGUUUUGCACGUGUUUUAAGUCUGAUUGUUGAUGAGGGGUUGAAACUAGUUGGUGAUGCUGCGUAUAAAAUUAGAGAGAGCAUAUGGUUUGUUAGGGAUGACAAUAAUAGAAGGGAAAAAUUUAAGGAGUGCGUUGAAAAGGUUGGUGGUGUUGAUAGUUCAGUUCGCUUGUAUCUGAACAAGUCUAUGAGCGUGAACUCAAUUUAUUUGAUGCUGGAGAGUGCUCUUAAAUAUAGGAGUGUGUUUGAAAGUCUUCACUUGUAUGAUGAUAAUUACAAGUUAUGUCCUUCGGUAGAAGAGUGGAAAAGAGUAGAAAAAAUGUGUGCAUUCUUGUUGCCUUUUUCUGAAAUUGCCAACAUGAUUAAUGGCACAACACAUCCUACUUCCAACUUGUGUUUUUUGCAAGUUUGGAAAGUCCAAUGUGUUCUAGUUGAAAGUUUGAGAGAUGAAGAUGAAGUUAUAAAGAGAAUGGCUGGAAGGAUGAUGAGUGAGUUUGAGAAAUAUUGGGAAGAGUAUAGUGUUGAUCUUGCAUUGGGAGCAGUUCUUGACCCGCGGAUGAAGUUGUCAACAUUGGCUUAUUGUUACUCAAAACUUGAUCCAUCAACCUGUGAACAGAAGUUGCAACAAGUAAAGAGAAAGUUGUACAUGCUAUUUGAUGAGUAUUCUAGCAAAAACACUUCUUCUGGCCCGAAAAGAAUUAUUCAGGACCAAUCUUCUAAUAUGCCACUGCAAAAGAAGUCAAAGUCUUUAUCUCACAGCCUAUUUGAUGAAUUGAAAGUGCACCAUCAGCAGGUUGUUACUCAAACUGGAAAGUCUCAACUCGACAUUUACUUAGAUGAGUCAGAUUUGGAUUUUCGUUGUUAUGAAGAUAUGGAUGUAUUACAAUGGUGGAAGAGUAAUAAUAAUCGAUUUCCUGAUCUAUCAAUAUUGGCUUGUGACUUGUUAAGUGUUCCCAUUACUACUGUUGCUUCUGAUUUUGAAUUUUGCAUGGGCUCACGCGUCUUUAACAAGUAUAAAGACCGUAUGUUGCCAAUGAGUGUGGAAACUAGAAUGUGUACUCGCAGUUGGUUGUUCAAUUUGGUUUGCAAUGAUGGAGAAGACGACGGUGAUGAUGACUUUGAAGAAAUGACGAAUGAAGUUGAUGGUGAUGAGAAAAUGGAGAACGCUUCUAAUGAUUAUGCUUUUGAAGAUGAUGAUAAUGAUGGUGAUGAUUGAUUAGCUUGUAUUUAUUUCACUUUGGUUUAUCGUGUUUGUUUUGGCUAUGGUUUAAAAAAUUAAAACUAUAUAUCGUUGUUAAUGUGUUAUUAACUUGUAGUAUGUGGAUGAAGUUUUUAUGUAAUUCCUUUAGAAAGGAAACAAGAGUACAGACUAUGAUCAAUUAGUAAGUGUCUUUUUUCUUGUG